CCGCCAUCUUGUGCUGCGGGGCCGUAUUUAGGGCGCCGCGCCCGGCCCCGCCGCGCAGUGCCCACAGCGCCCGGCUCCGCGCAGCCCGCAGGCCCCGCCCUGCCGCCCGCCCUCCCGCCCACCUCCCCUCCGCGCCUCCGCCAUUUUGUGGCCGGCCGCUGCCCGCGGAGGACGGCGCCGCAGCGCAGCCUCCCGCCUGCCCUCCCGCCUCCCUCCCGCCCUGCCUCCCGCUCGCAGCCGCGCCUCGCCUCGCCCCGGCCCCGCGCAGCCAUGUCGUCCGGCAGCACCCCCGAGUACGCCUCCUUCUUCGCCGUGAUGGGCGCCUCGGCCGCCAUGGUCUUCAGCGCCUUGGGAGCUGCUUAUGGAACUGCAAAGAGCGGCACGGGUAUUGCAGCCAUGUCUGUCAUGAGGCCUGAGCUCAUCAUGAAGUCAAUUAUUCCUGUCGUCAUGGCAGGUAUUAUAGCUAUCUAUGGCCUCGUAGUGGCGGUCCUCAUUGCCAAUGCCCUUUCACCUUCCAUCACACUAUUCAAGAGCUUCCUUCAGCUGGGUGCUGGCUUGAGUGUGGGCCUCAGUGGUCUGGCUGCUGGCUUUGCCAUUGGCAUCGUGGGUGAUGCAGGUGUACGGGGAACAGCACAGCAGCCCAGGUUAUUUGUGGGCAUGAUCCUGAUUUUGAUCUUCGCUGAAGUCUUGGGUCUCUAUGGCCUCAUUGUUGCCCUUAUCCUCUCCACAAAGUAAAUGUUGCAGUAUGAUGUAAAGAGAUGUAACAAAUCAACAUUUAAAGCUCCAGAAUGAAAAUGGUUUCUCCAAUGUGUACAGUUGUCCCAAUUUGGUAGUUGAUCUCUUGUAAAUGCGCAAUGUACGUUAGUGACUUGUCUGUCCUGUGUGUAUUUCAAUAUUAAAUUGGAUGGGCUGCUCCAAGCCUAUUGCAUGGCUUGGGGUGGCCUGUGUGCAAUUUUCCACCCAUUGCUGUUAGUACUUUAUGUAUAAAUAUGAACUAGAAAUGUAAUUUUUCUCUUCACUGGAUGUUUAUUUAUAAAAGACUUGACAUGUUCAUACAUCUAUGGAGCAAGGAUUUUCAAUUUCCCAUGCUAUAUAUAUUAAUCUUAUAUAUAGGUAGAUUACACUGUGGGGUCAAUUGUAAGUGCAGAGAAUUCCUUGGAUGUAACUUUGAUUCUAAAGAUUGCUGUAGUGUCCUGGUAUUGGAGUAUGAGAAUUUCGUGUUUUAUUACAGCAAUUGUCCGAAACACUCCCGUGUUUCAGUAGUAACUGCGUAUGCUCUGGCAUCAGAGUUGUGCACCCAGUGUUGGGUUACAAACUUAUACCAUGUUUCCAAAUAAAACUUCCUCACUACA